AUGACACAAACAUCUCUGCUAUCAGUCCUUCCUCGAGGCGGUGUCGCCUCUGUCCCUGAUGACUUUGCAGAUGUCACUGAGGUCAGUGAAAUACGCUCUCCACCGCUUCCCAAGGCCCUUUCUACCUUGAAAAUCAACGAAGGUGGCAACAUUAACCGUGCUGACAUUCUAGGAACAGUUACGGACCUGAAGAUGUUGGACCGACUGUCGCAGCCAGAGAAGCAGUGGGCCACCCUAUUCAUCCGCACUUGCACUCCGGUGCUGUCAACACCUCUAGAAGAUGCUGAAUGUGGAGAGUUCGAAGUAGACGAAACCGACAAGGAUGACAGUCGAGUUACGUACCACCUACGCACCUACCACAAUCGGGUGCAUGUGUUCCAUCUGCGGCUGCUGCCGCUGGUGAAGCGUCUGCGGCCCGGGGAUCGUGUCUUUGUGACCGGAUUUCUCUCCUAUUAUAAACCCAGUUUUACUUCCAGCCCCACGGAUGUUGCAGAAGUGAGGAAAAUUGGCGUGGUUGUCGCUGAGCGACUGAUUCUACUGGGUUCCUCUGAGGAGACGAUGAACUCGGAGACGGAGUAG